AUGUCGGGGCGAGGGAAGGGAGGCAAAGGGCUGGGCAAGGGCGGGGCGAAGCGCCACCGCAAGGUGCUCCGAGAUAACAUUCAAGGGAUCACGAAGCCCGCGAUUCGCCGUCUUGCUCGCCGUGGGGGCGUGAAGCGCAUCAGCGGCCUCAUCUACGAGGAGACGAGGGGCGUCCUCAAGAUCUUCCUGGAGAACGUCAUACGCGAUGCGGUCACCUACACGGAGCACGCCCGCCGCAAGACCGUCACCGCCAUGGACGUCGUCUACGCCCUCAAGCGCCAGGGCCGGACGCUCUACGGCUUCGGCGGCUGA